GGACAGUCUUUUCUUUUCGAAUUUACAAUUUAUUUUUUUAAUUUUUUUUUUAAUUUUUUUUUUUUGAUUAGGAAACUGUUCAAUUUGGGAUCUGUCCGAUCCUUCCCACUUGUCUGCUGCCUACCUGUUCCUCCCCCUCCAGUCCGGGUACUGGGCCAGUCCAUCUGAUUGGCCCACGGGUGACUCUUCAGACUUCAGGCACGGCAGUGCAUGCCACUCACUCGAUCACAGACCAAGGCCAUGGACCGGAAGGCAGGAGAAUCCCUCCAGGCCUAUGAGGAACGCCUGGCUGCAUUCAUCCAGGAGGCCAACGAUAGGGCCGCCGCCGCGGCCAAGGAACGUAAUCGGAUUGAGCAUGAAGAGGAGGCCAAGCGACAGAAGGAGGAACAGGACCGACUUCGUCAAGAGAAGGCAGACCUGCAGGCGGCAGCUGAACACCGGUCACGCCAGCGGGAACGGCUGUUCACGCGGGAGACCGUGAUCAGCGAUGAGACCGCACAUUGGGUGGAAAUGGCAUCUGCAGACGGGGCCCCGGAGACUGACAAAGGGCUGUCAGCCGUUGCGCAGAUCUCCCACGACCUCGUGCCACGACCUCGUGGCCACCUGCGCUCUGCAGCAGGAGGAAAUCCUUCACCUGCAGCAGACAGUGGACCAGAUGCUUACACGGCCGCAGGCGAGUUGACUGACGCCUGGCACAAGCGAUUCCAAGUGGAGCCGCCCGACCUGCAAGCGAUGGAGAAGCUCAACAAGCUCCAUCAGAACACGCUGCUCAGUCAGGACUGGAUUACCGAGUUCCAAAGACUCGCCUCCACACCUGACCUGCCGCUCGCAUUCCGCGGCGUCAAGCACUUGUUUAUCAUGCGCUCGUGUCCAGCCCUGCAAAACGCGCUGACGCAGAUUGCAGAGACACUCGACACAUCUGACAAGCUUUUCAGCACAGCGUCACGGAUCAUUCUCACGAAUGUAGAAGCCCGCAACGCCGGUCGAUCUUCCGUGACGACGAGCAGCACCCAGCCCAAGCCAAAGGUGGCUUGCAUUGCGGCGACUUCGCCGACUUCUUAUGUCGAGGCUGCAACACCAAACGAGGGUGAAGUGUUGGCAGCUGCCCGGGAUGGUGGCCGGCCACGCAACAAUCACGGUCGCGACAAGACGAAGACUCAGUCCACCUCUACACCGGGCACCGGAUCAGCAGCCGACGAACCUUGGACGCAAUACAGACUCUCGGCGAAUUGCUAUCGCACGAGACUCAAGUACCACGAAGUCGCGGUGGGGGACAUGCUUGGCUAUGUUGCCAAGGUGGCCCGCGAAUCUGUCUCGCAACGGUGCGAAGAAAACAACGCACCAUUGCUCUACGUUCGCAUUCAGAUUGGGCAAGCGGCCUGCAACACUUUGCUAGAUUGCGGCGCAACUCGCAACUUCAUCAGCCAGUCCUUCAUGACUCGGGCUGGCCUUGGCGCACAAGUACGGAGGAAGUCACAUCCCACGACAGUCGCUCUUGCCGACGGUAAGACGAAACAGCUCUUAGACCGUUACAUCUCGGUUGUCCCGGUGUACUUUGCACCGCACGCAUGUGAACCCGUCACUUUGGACGUGUUGGACACUGACUUCGAUGUCAUUUUGGGGAUGCCUUGGCUUUCUAGCGCGGACCACACGGUCAAUUUCCAUCGACGCACGCUCACGAUUCGUGAUGCGACUGGCGCCGAGGUCCCGUGUACUAUUCCUCCUCCUCGCUCUUCCAUUCGGUGCCAAGUCAUGAGUGCGAAAUCUUUUCGAGACACAUGUCGUUCCGAACAUGUCGAAGAGAUUGGCAUCGCUUUUCUUCGAACCGUCCCGACGACCGACUCAUCGUCCACGGAUUCGUCUUUCGACCCCCGUGUGCCCCGGUUGUUAGACGAGUUCUCGGAUGUUUUUGAGACACCCUCCGGUAUAGUGCCGGACCGGCCGAUCUCUCACGAGAUCAUACUCGAGGCCGGCGCCGUGCCACCGAAGGGAUGCAUUUAUCGCAUGUCCGAGGAGGAGCUCACGGUUCUUCGUGCGCAACUGGACGAUCUACUUGACAAGGGUUGGAUUCGCCCUAGCAACUCACCUUACGGUGCGCCCGUUCUCUUCGUUCAGAAGAAGAACAAGGACCUUCGACUUUGCAUUGACUACCGACGCCUCAACGCGCAAACCAUCAAGAACGCGGGGCCUCUACCUCACAUUGAUGAUUUGCUUGAACGGUUGGGCCUCAAGUACUUUUCGAAGUUGGACCUCAAGUCGGGCUACCAUCAGAUUUCCAUCCGCCCGCAAGAUCGGUACAAAACCGGGUUUAAGACACGACAUGGGCAUUUUGAGUGGGUAGUUAUGCCUUUUGGCCUCACCAAUGCCCCGGCCACCUUUCAGGCGGCCAUGACCACCGAGUUUCGCGCUAUGUUGGACCGAUUUGUCUUGGUCUACUUAGACGGCAUCCUCGUCUAUAGCCGAACUCUAGAGGAGCAUCUCGAGCACCUUCGCCGUGUUCUAGAGACUCUUCGGUCAGCCCGGUACAAAGCUAACCGCGACAAAUGCGAGUUUGUCCGGCAAGAGCUUGAAUACUUGGGUCAUUUUGUCUCUCCGGAAGGCAUUCGUCCGUUGGCGGACAAGAUUCAAGCCAUCCAGGAGUGGCCCGAGCCGAAGAAUGUGACGGACGUCCGAUCCUUCCUCGGCUUGGCCGGUUAUUAUCAACGCUUCAUCAAGGGUUACUCGAAGAUCGCGGCCAACCUAAGCAAGUUACAAAGCGAGGAGCGGCCUUUUGACUUCGACGACGAUGCACGCCAUUCUUUUGAAACACUCAAAGCGGCACUCUUAUCCGCCGAGGGAAGGCGUUGCCUGCAUGGCGCGGCCGCGGCAGCUGGUUUUUGCUACAAUGCAGGGGAGGCUCUGGCCGUUUGGCACGGCGACGGCAGGUCUUCGGCAAGCGGUGCAGGGGAGGCUCUGGCUGUUUUGCACGGCGGCGGCAGUGUAAUUUUGCCAGUGCUGCGGAAGCGCUGCCAGUUUUUUGCGGCGGCAGCAUUGGUUUUAACGGCAGUGGUGCGGAAGCGCUGCCGGUUUUGCACGGCGGCAGCGACGCUGUCAGAGGGCCCUCGUUCACGUGAGGGCCGAUGCGCUCGACAACGCAACCAUCGUCCGUUCGACGAGCUACACCCACUACCAGUUCCCCUUGGGCGACAGGAAGCGAUUGCUAUGGAUAUCACCGGCCCCUUCCCGAAGCACAAGACCGGCGUUGAUGGGAUCCUCACGAUCGUCGACCGCCUCACCAAGUACGCCAUGUUUUUGCCAUGCCGCUAUCACGCAAAGGCCCCGGAGUUAGCCGAGGUCUUAUACACCGGUUGGAUUCGCUCCAACGGCGACCCCAAGGAGAUCGUUUGCGACCGGGACACUCGCUUUCUCUCCGACUUUUGGGUCGCCCUCGUCAAGCGAUGGGGCUCAUCUUUGAAGCCGAGUUCGGCUUGCCAUCCGCAAACCGAUGGUCAAACGGAAUGGGGGCAUCAGACCGCUCAAGUCCUUCUACGCACUCUCAUCCGUCCCGACCACGUUGAUUGGGUUGAGCGCUUGCCAGACGUUGAGUUGGCUUACAACUCAUCGAUCCAUCCAACUAUCGGGAUGUCGACAUUCGAGUUUGAGCAUGGUUCACCCAUCUCAUCGCCGCUGGACGCCAUUCUGUCGCGCACAACCGAGAGCGACGACCAUUUUGCGUUCCUUCGUCGCAUGCAAGAGCUUCUUGUCAAGGCACGGGAUCAGAUGUCAAAGACGCAAAUACGGAUGAGUCGUCAAGCCAACCGCAAUCGUCUCCCUUGCCCGUUCCGCGCCGGCGAUUUGGUUUGGGUCUCCACCGCGGAGUUCAGCCUUGAGCAAGACAUCUCUCCCAAGCUCCUUCCCAAGUGGAUGGGGCCUUGGCGCAUUCUCUCGAGGGGCCUUCAUUCCGCAUCGCAGUGCCUCCUCACUUGCCCGUCCACACGAUGUUCCACUGUUCCAAACUCGCUCCUUUUGCUUCAGCGGAGACCGACGAGUUUCCCGGUCGAUGYACGCAAGACCCUCCUUCCAUGGACGGAUUUCAGGAGGCCGGCUACAUCAUCACCGACCGGGGCCAUGGCAACAAAGAAACAGAGUUUCUACGUACUGAAGCCACAAGGCUGACCAUUGGCUGACGCGUUCGGAACUGCAGGCCACAGCUCCCGCCGUUCUCUCACGUUAUCUUAGCAAAGGGAAG